UCAAGCUUUCGCUUGAUGCAGACCAUGAUUUUUGCUAUUGAAGAAAUAAACCUGAGUAAAACUCUACUUCCGAAUAUCACUCUGGGAUAUGAGAUCUACGAUGACUGUUCGAUCUCUGCAAUAGCGUCGAAAGUAGCGCUGGCUUUGGUGAAUGGAGAGCAAGAACUAAUUGAGUAUCCUGAAUGUAAAGGUUCCUCCAAUGUCGCAGCCAUUAUUGGCUGCGAUAUAUCCACGUCCUCCAUAGCAGCCGCAAGGACAGUUGGAACGUUCGGAAUUCCAAUGGUCAGUUACUUCUCAACUUGCUCUUGUCUGAGCGAUAAGAAAGAAUAUCCGACUUUCUUUAGAACAAUACCAAGCGACAAAUAUCAGUCGAAACGCCUUGCUGAACUCGUGAAAACAUUUGGCUGGAAUUGGAUUGGGACAGUUAGAAGCAACACAGAUUAUGGGAAUUUUGGGAUGAGAACAUUUAUCGAAGAGGCCCAAAAAUUUGGGGUUUGCAUUGCGUAUUCUGAAUCGUUUCACAGAACUGAUCCCGCCAAGAAAAUAAGCAAAGUAGUGCAGGUGAUGAGAGAAGCGACGACAAAGGUUGUGAUUGGAUUCCUGCAAAGCGGAGAUAUGCGAGUUUUAAUUAAGGAGAUAUUGCGCCAAAAUGUAACGGGUAUACAAUGGAUUGGAAGCGAAGGGUGGCUUACAGAAGAUAUAUUGUCACCUGAAGAAAGAGCAAGGGUUCUAAUUGGGGCCAUCGGUCUAACAACCCGUAGGACAGAAAUAGACGGCCUCAGAAAUUAUCUUCUUAAAAUUCAUCCUUCUAGUUUUCCUGACAGCAUUUUUGUGAAGAAGUUUUGGGAAACUGUAUUCUCGUGCUCUUUAACUACGGACGACUCGACAAAGACUGGAAGUUCUGCAGUCCAAAUGCGGCCAUGUACAGGAAAUGAACGUUUAAAUGGGUUAGAAAAUGCGUACCUUCCAGCAAUAAUGGACGGAAGUUCCUACCAUGUGUACAAAGGGGUCUAUGCUGUCGCUCAUGCACUUCAUGAUAUGCUGUCCUGUGAAGAAGGCAAUGGCCCCUUUGUGAAUAAUACUUGUGCUCAUAUUUUCAGCUUUGAGCCCUGGCAGCUGCUGCACUACCUACACUCUGUAAAUUUCAGUGCUCACACUGGGGAAAUCGUGUAUUUCGACGAAAAUGGUGAUCCAGUCCCAACGUAUGACUUGGUAAAUUUACAAAUGAAUUUGGAUGGUUCACUUGAAUUUGUAAACAUUGGAUAUUACGAAGGUUCAGCACCGGAGGGACAAGAACUUGUCCUGAACAUCGGAAAUAUCGCGUGGAGCUCUACUGGAAAGCAGAUUCCACGUGCUCUUUGCUCGGAGCCUUGUCCACCCGGAACAAGAAAGGUCAGCAGGAAAGGUCAGCCAAUAUGCUGUUUCGACUGCGCAGAGUGCGCAGAUGGUGAGAUAAGCAACACGACGGAUUCCACCAAUUGCGCGAGGUGUCCUUUGGAAUACUGGUCGAAUGAGCAAAAAGAUCGUUGUCUUCCCAAAAAGAUUGAAUUUCUUUCCUUCCAGGAGGUUCUUGGCUAUGUAUUGGUGGCACUUGCUAUAAUGGGAAUGUGCCUUGCACUGGGUACAGUUGUUGUAUUUUUCCGGUUUCGGGAAACUCCUAUUGUUCGAGCGAACAAUUCGGAGUUGAGCUUUCUCCUUCUCUUUGCGCUAACGCUUUGCUUCCUGUGCUCACUUACCUUCAUUGGGGAACCGACCGUAUGGUCCUGCAUAUUGCGGCGGACUGCGUUUGGAAUUGUAUUUGUUCUGUGUAUUUCCUGUAUUUUGGGGAAAACCGUCCUUGUUGUGAUCGCUUUUAAAGCAACUCUUCCCAACAACAAUUUGAUGAAUUGGUUUAGCCCGAUGCAGCAACGAUUAGGAGUGCUCGGCCUCACAUUUCUUCAAGUUUUAAUUUGCACGAUCUGGCUCAUUGUAUCACCCCCAUAUCCAGUGAAAAACAUGACCUAUUAUAAAGAUAUUAUAAUUUUGGAAUGUGACGUGGGCUCGUUGAAAGCCUUUUAUUUUGUGUCCAGCUAUAUUGGUCUUUUAUCCACAGUGUGCUUCCUGCUAGCUUUUCUUGCCCGGAAACUUCCUGCUAAUUUCAACGACGCGAAGUAUAUAACUUUCAGUAUGCUGAUCUUCUGUGCUGUUUGGAUCACUUUUAUUCCGGCUUAUGUCAGCUCCCCUGGAAAGUACACGGUGGCUGUAGAGGUGUUUGCUAUUUGGGCAUCAAGCUUUGGUUUGCUUGUCUGCAUUUUUGCUCCGAAGUGUUAUAUUAUCUUACUGAAACCGGAGAAUAAUACGAAGAAAAACAUGAUGGGCAAAGGGUCUUCACUGUAA